CUUUUACAUCAUCACCACUACUUGAAAACACUUCUUCAUCAACUAGCCCUUCUUCUUAUUCCUUUGCAAUUCUCACACUAAAAAUUCUAAAUUAGCUCUCUCACAAACUUUGACAACAAUGAAGAACGUAGUGUUGAAGGUUGAUAUUCAUAAUGAUAAAAUCAAGCAAAAAGUGAUGAAGAAAGCAUCUAGCCUUUCAGGGGUUGAAUCAAUAUCAAUAGACAUGAAAGAGAAGAAAUUGACAUUAUUAGGAGACAUUGAUCCAGUAAAUGCAGUUUCCAAGCUAAGAAAAUUUUGUCAUACUGAAAUAGUUUCAGUUGGACCUUCAAAACCAAAAGAAGAGAAAAAGUCAGAGGAUAAACCCUUUGAAACUUAUCCAUUAUAUUAUCAUGUGCAACCACCACAAUAUAUUCAAGAUUUCUACUAUAUUUGAUAUGCAAUAAGAAUUCAAGAUUUCUAAAGCCUUUUAGUAUGUAAAAAACAACUUUUUUUGCUCCACUGUUGUACAAGGUUAAAUAAUUGAAUAAAGUUUGGU